UUAAGCACAAGGAAAAUACUCAGACUACCUACAAAAACCAUGCCUCUCAUGAAUCCAUUCUAUCAAUCAAAUUAGCUCAUAAGCACUAAAAUCCCUCUUCAAGAAAAGAGAUAUUUAAACCAAAUCAUUUGCUAAUUACUCUAAUAAUCAUCAGGAUUUUACUAUCUAUAUUUGGUCUUUGUUCUCAGGCUCCUAGCAGCUAUGCAGAUCACCGUGGACAUCAUACUUGGAGGCAAACGAAUCACUCUGGACGUGGCGAGCACAGAUAACAUCUCGAGCGUCAAGGCCAAAAUCAAAGAAACAGAAGGGAUUCCUAUUGAGCAGCAAUAUUUAUAUUAUGAUAGCCGGUUGCUGCUCGACACGGAUAUCCUUGAACAUUGCGGGGUCAAGAACGAUGAUACACUUCGUCUAGUCAACCUUGAGGGGCUCGAACAGGAUGACGACGACGAGGACUACGACGACGAUGAUGACAACGACCAUGGGAGACAAGAUCCUUUUACAGGUGUGUUGCUAAUGAGUGCUAGUGUCCCUCGUCGUCGUCGUCGUCGUUCUCGUCGUUCUCGUCCUCGUCGUCAAGAUGAUGUUAUAAUUGUUUAUCCGCCAAUGCCACGGCCACCACCAUCACCAGAAUGCAAAUGUCAAUAAAGAAGAGACUAGCAUGCCGAAGCUUGGACAGCAAUAUCCUCAAGUACUGGAAUGCUACAGGAAUUGCCAUCUGAAGCUAGUCCAGAUGGUGUGUGUGUGUGUGGAUUAAUUAAGAGAUAAUGAUAGAUUGUGUGUUUUGUUAUUCCUAAUCUAUGAAACAAAAAGAAUCCAAUAAAUAAAUAAAUAUAUUAUAUGUA